AUGUGGAUGAUUGUCACACUUGCUGACGCACAUACUUGCGUCCGUGUUUGCUAUAGUAACGAUCACCGUGGAUUGAGUAGUGACAUAAUUGCCGAGCACAUUAUUCCCCAUAUUAUGAAUGGUCCGGUGUACAAAAUCAAGGAAAUUCAGGCAUCGGUGAAACAAGAGUUUCAUUGCGAUGUGUCAUAUAAGAAGGCUUGGUACGCUAGACGCCGUGCCAUUGAUAUAUUAUAUGGGGACUGGCCGACAUCCAUAUCGCAACUGCCGACAUAUAUUGAGGAGUUACAACAGUCGAAUCCAGGGACGGUAGUUGUGUGGGAUCAUCAUCCAUUAAGUACCCCCUCUGCAAUAAUUUUUGAUUAUAUAUUUUGGGCAUUUGCUCCAGCCAUCCAAGCUUUCCGCUAUCUAAAACCGGUGAUAUGCGUGGAUGGUACCUUUUUAAAAGGGCCUUAUCGGGGAAAACUUCUUGUCGCCAUAGGGUUUGAUGCUAACAAUUCAAUGUUUCCCUUGGCAUAUGCCCUAGUUGAUGAGGAGAAUAAUCGGAGUUGGUCUUGGUUCAUGAGACUGUUACGCAUUCACGUGUGUGGUGAUGUGCAAAAUAUAUGUAUUAUUUCUGAUCGUCACCACGGCAUUAUAAACGCAAUGCGUACACUCGAAGAGUGGCAGGAGCCAUUAGGGGUGCACCGAUUCUACUUAAAAAGCCUGAUGUACGCUGCUGGUGUGGCAAAUCAGCCGCGCAAGUAUGAGGACAUCAUGAAUGUGAUUUACUCCAUGAAUACGGAGGCGUACACAUGGCUAACGGGUGGAUCAGUUCGACCCGAGCAAUGGGCUCUGUGCAAAGAUGGGGGAUAUCGUUGGGGGCACAUAUCCACAAAUAUGGCGAAUGUUUCAACAAUUUAUUGA